UUUUAUUUUUUGUGUAGAUAAAAGUUUAGGCAAUAGGAAAAUCUGUAAUAUUAUGACUUUAUUGUAGAUUUUGAGUAAUAGAACAAUUUAGCAUGUGCAUUCAACUUCAAACUUUGAACUCAUAAAAUAUAUAAUAAACAAAAAUGAUAAAUAAUCAAUGCAAUAUAAACUUUCAGAUGUAGAAUUAUAUAAAACUAAUAAGUUGUUGUUUAAACAAAGUGGUGAUUGUCUAAAUGGUUUACCAAAGAGAUUAAUGCUGAGACGCUGAGAACUAUUUCAUAAGACACUGACCACCGGACAUAUAAAAGAAAAUUCAAAUAAACUUUAGAUUGCAGGGAACUAAACUAUUCAUGGAAAAAAUUUGAAUUAUAAAAAGGGGAAGUGGCAAUUAUUAGCAGUGUAAAAAGAUUUAGGGAAAUAUCCAUUUUUAGCUUACAAAUAAAAGUUGCUAAUGUGCUAAUUUUCACUAAUUAGCACUGUUUACCACAUUAUUUUGAAAGUGAACUCAAGAAAUGUGCUUUGAUUUGUUUUUUCGAAAUCUUGUUUACAACAAUCUUUGUUGAGUAAUGCUUUAAAAAUAUUUCAAUUAGAAAUUUGCUCUCUGUUAUUAAGUUUUUGUUUAUUUCGAAGCUUUCUCCCCUUGUAAUUAGCAAAAGUGAGCAGUUGUGAUAAUACUGGUCUACCGUGUAGGUCUAGGGUUUGAGUUACCGACGUAAUACAUCAUAAAAGUUUAUAGAACAUGAUGUAAAGAUUUAUCAACAAAAUGACUCAACAAAAGCAAAUGAUCGAUAGCGCAACAAACACCUCUCCUUGUUCACACAAAAAAUUUCACCAAAAAAGUGAACAGUUAAAUGUUGGAAGUAAUGAUUUCAUACUGGUGGAAGAUCUUGGCCCAAGAAGGAAAAUUAGUGUUAAGGAGAAAGUGGACUCGGUCAUUCCCUGGUUUGAGAGGAAAGUGAAAAAAACAUGGACAAUAAAGACUUUUAAAAGGAGAUUUCCAAUCACAUCUUGGUUCCGAGCGUAUCAGAAAGAUGAUGCUAUCGGCGACUUAGUGGCUGGUGUUACCGUUGGUUUAACAGUAAUUCCUCAGUCUCUUGCUUAUUCGAGCAUUGCUGGACUACCGGCUCAGUAUGGUUUGUACAGUUCAUUUUUUGGCUGUCUAAUGUAUAUAUUUCUUGGAAGCUGUAAAGACGUUCCAAUGGGACCAACAGCAAUAUGUUCACUACUUACAUAUCAGACAUUACACGGAAUGGGGCAUAUUUAUGCAACAUUACUUUGCUUUCUCAGUGGUAUAAUUCAACUUCUUAUGGGAAUCAUGGGAUUAGGAAUAAUGAUCGAUUUUAUAUCUGGACCUGUUUCAUCGGGGUUUACAUCGGCAGUCGCGAUUUUAAUUAUCUCAUCACAAAUCAAAGACCUUUUAGGCAUAAAUGCAAGUGGAGCCACAUUUGUUCAAAUGUGGAUUAGCAUUAGCCAAGAUAUCCACAACACUAGCUUGUGGGAUACUCUUUUGGCCUUUAGCUGUAUUGUCAUAUUACUUUUUAUGCGGCUACUGUCAGAUAUUAAAAUCGGUUCAAAAGAUCCUGAGUUAAGGACCAAAUAUGAAAAUUUAUUCAACAAAACAUUAUGGUUGAUUUCAACUUCAAGAAAUGCAAUUCUAGUUAUUGUUGGUGGCAUAUUUGGAUACAUUUGUACAAUUUAUCAUGGCACUGCUCCUUUUAAACUAAUUGGGCACAUUCCUCCAGGCUUACCAGAGUUUCAGCUUCCGUCAUUUAGUAUUGACAGGGGGAAUCAAACAAUCGGAUUCAUAGAAAUGUGCAAUGAAAUGGGCUCGGGAGUAUUUGUCCUCCCUCUAAUUGCUUUAUUAGAAAAUAUAGCAAUUUGUAAAGCAUUUGCUAAUGGAAAAGUGACUGACGCAACUCAAGAGUUAAUAGCAAUAGGUUUGUGCAACAUUGGUAACUCAAUGGUACAAGGUUUUCCUGGAAGUGGAUCUCUUUCCAGAAGCGCAGUUAACAAUUCCAGUGGCGUUAGAACUCCAUUAGGUGGAUUGUAUACUGGUGUUUUAGUAAUUAUAGCUCUUCUUUUUUUCACAUCUUCAUUUUAUUACAUACCAAAAGCUGCUUUAGCAGCAAUAAUUGUGGCAGCUGUUAUAUUCAUGAUUGAAGUUCAAGUUGUUAAACCAAUCUGGAGAUCAAAAAAAAGUGAUUUAAUACCUGGACUUGCAACGUUCAUCGCAUGUCUGGUUUUAAGGCUGGAAAUUGGAAUACUGAUUGGAAUUGGUUUAAACCUUGUUUCGAUUCUUUAUCAUGCAGCAAGACCAAAAAUAUCUAUGGAAAUUAAAAUGAGUCGAGGAGGUGUGGAGUACUUAUUGCUGACACCAGACCGUUGUUUGAUUUUUCCUUCAGUGGAAUAUGUCAGCACACUUGUGACCAAACAUAGUAUUAAACAAGGAAUACCAGUUGUGAUAGACUGUUCCCAUAUAUAUGGUGCAGAUUUUACUGCUGCUAAAGUGAUAGAAAAGCUUACUAAUGACUUUUCAAAACGACAUCAGCCUUUGUUUUUUUUUAACUUGAAACCGAGUGUUGUAGCAGUAUUUGCAGGGGUUUGCCCAAAGGAUUUUAUAACCUUCUACAAAGAAGAAGAUUUGGAUGAUUUACUUAGGCAUCACCUGGACUCUAGGCGAAAAUGAGGAACUGUGUGUAAAAAACAGGAUUGAAAAAUUUCUUUUUUGUAGGCCUUUUUUUAUUUUAGAUAAAAGUUAUGGAGACAAAUAAUAAUUAAUCAAUACUUUAUUUCAAUUCAUCAUUUUUAUUUAAAAAAACUGAUAAAGGCUUACAGAAACGAAAAUUUUCAUCUGUAAAAAGAAAAAGGAUACAAGACAGUGAAGAAAGAGUACAAAUAGAAUUCAAAAUAAGACCAUUCUUUUGGUUGUAUUUCUAUUGUUAUUUUUUGUAUUUAUUUAUUUAUUGUUUUUUUUUUUUUUUAAAAAAA